CUUACCAUCAUCACACUCUCUCUUUCUCUCUUUUCUCUCUUUCUCUCUUUUUUCUCUCUGUCUCUCUAUCAGUCUCGUGUUUCGUUACUUGCAAAUCGCAAAUGAAGAGUGAUCUCGAAAGCGCAAAACUUAUGGUUUCUUCUUCUGCUGUGUUUUCAUGGCUUCUUCUGUGCCUCUUAACAGCAACAGCAACAACAACAACAGCCGUAACAGUUCAGCCGAAAUGUACUUUUCCGGCGAUUUACAACUUCGGAGAUUCUAAUUCCGACACUGGAGGAAUCUCCGCCGCUUUUGAGCCUAUUAGAGAUCCUUAUGGUCAAGGUUUCUUCCACAGACCCGCCGGACGAGACUCCGAUGGCCGUCUCACCAUUGAUUUCAUAGCUGAGCGUCUGGAGCUGCCAUAUUUGAGCGCAUAUUUAAACUCGUUAGGAUCAAACUUUAGACACGGAGCAAACUUUGCGACCGGUGGUUCAACCAUAAGAAGGCAGAACGAAACUAUCUUUCAAUAUGGCAUUAGUCCAUUCUCUCUCGAUAUGCAGAUCGCUCAAUUCGAUCAAUUCAAAGCGAGAUCGGCACAAAUAUUCACUCAAAUUAAGAGUAGGUAUGAUAGAGAGAAGCUUCCUAGACAGGAAGAGUUUUCAAAGGCUUUAUAUACUUUUGAUAUUGGACAGAAUGAUCUCUCUGUUGGGUUUAGGACAAUGAGCGUCGAUCAACUUAAGGCGACGAUACCGGACAUUGUCAGCCAUUUAGCUUCUGCAGUCCAGAACAUUUAUCAGCAAGGAGGAAGAACAUUUUGGGUACACAACACAGGUCCUUUAGGUUGUUUACCCGUAAACAUGUUUUACAUGGGAACUCCUGCACCGGGCUACUUGGACAAUUCUGGCUGCGUGAAGGCUCAAAACGAAAUGGCAAUGGAGUUCAACCGAAAGCUCAAGGAAACAGUCAUCAAUCUCAGAAAAGAACUCACCCAAGCAGCCAUUACUUAUGUUGAUGUCUACGCUGCGAAAUAUGAAAUGAUGAACAACCCCAAGAAACUAGGAUUUGCAAACCCAUUGAAGGUAUGUUGUGGCUAUCAUGAGAAGUAUGAUCACAUUUGGUGCGGGAACAAAGGGAAAGUGAACAAUACUGAAAUCUACGGUGGCUCAUGUCCUAACCCGGCAAUGGCUGUGAGCUGGGAUGGAGUUCACUAUACCGAAGCUGCAAACAAGCAUGUGGCUGACCGUACUCUCAGCGGUUUGCUCACUGACCCUCCAGUUCCAAUAACUCGAGCUUGUUAUAGACAGUGAGAUUUACUAGAAGAGCUUAAUGAAAACCAAAAUAAAGAUUUGGGUCUUAAACUCUUAGGGCAAUAAUAAGUUUGAUGAACAAUCAAUGAUCUAUGUAAGCCUGUGUAACCUUAGAGUUCUUUGUAGCCAAAAAUUCACUAUUGUGAUCUUAUAUGAUCUUCUAUGGAAGCGUUUAGCAAA